AUGUCUACGUUUCAAAAUAUGUUUCUACGUCCUAAACCCGAAGAAUGCGACCGAUACAACCCUGAUAACGUUUUCAGACGAUUCAAAAUGAUAGAGUUUCCGACAUCGUUUGUAGGCCUGUCGACUACGAAGGCUCUUGAUGUCGAAGUUAAUUUAACUGUGUCUGCUUACUUGAAGACCAUGUAUGAUAGCAAACUGCUGAAAUUCGAAGAUGCCCGCGAAAUAUCAGCUGCUCAUCGAGCAUUCGAUAUGUCUCCAGUGGAUAACCACACAGUAUCAAUCACUUUUAACCCGAAGAGCGAAUGCAUUUCGAAAGUGAAACAUAACAAACAAUUUGACAACAGAUUUGUGUUCGACUUGCGGUUAAUACAAGUGGAUGGAACUCGAUGCUGUAAUAAUGAAUUUCACUCGGAAAUCGGACGAUACUAUAUCUGCGGAGAGUUCGAAUAUUGCAAUAUAACACACACCCCGUCUGUAGUAAACUUCGGUAAUGUUAUUAUGAACACCAAGGUCACAAAGUAUGUGCGCAUCAGAAAUGAAUCUAAUUUAAUAGCUGCCAAAAUGCAGUAUGUUAGAGUGACGGGCUUUGAAGUAACGCCACAAAAGUUUUCGAUACCACCGAAUUCUUCUAGACGGCUGGCUAUUGCAAUAAAACCAACGUGCUUGAAAAUCGGAAACAAAUUAACAUUUCAAAUAAGAAACCCUCACGAUAUAGCAGACGAGAUUACAGCUAUUGAUGACAAUUAUUUAAUUUAUGCAAUCACACUUGAAUCUAACGUUAUAUACCACAAAAGUCCGAAAAUAGUGACUGUGGAAUCUUUACACACGUUAUGUGAAAAACAUCCAAGAUAUACCUAUUUGAACGAAGAACUUACUACGCACAUGAAGAGAAAGGAAAUUGCAUGGAAAUAUCUAGAAAUUUCUAAGUCGUUACACGCCAAAAAACCAGUCAUAGAACGAUUUAGUACUGGAAAAGAUAAAUGCACUUAUGACAUGCCUGUAGACAUCAAAAAGGGAGAUCCUAACUUUUGUAAACAAAUAGCGGAGAAAAUAAGUACCUACAGUCUUUUCGACGUUUUAUUUUUGCCUUUUUCUGUUGAUUUCGGUAGAGUCGGUUUAUCGACUUAUGGAGAAAAAGACCUUACGAUAAAAAACAAUAGUAAAUACGAUGUUGUUAUUAAUUUACUGAGAGACACUUGUGUAUUAUACACUGCAGAAAAAGUGUAUACUUACCGAGUAAAAUUAAAAGCUUUUGCAGAAACAAAAGUUACUAUAUUUUGCUGGGGUUUUGUUGAAGGAAACUACGAAGGAACAUUUGAAUAUACGAUUGACAAUAAAUAUCUCCGAAAGCAUCCUUAUUGCCUUCAAGUUGGUAACCCAACCCUAAUGGUAUUGGAAAAGAGUUUGAAAUUCGGUAUGGUGACCACUGAAAGUUUUGUCACUUCCGUUUCAGUUCGAAUAUACAAUUAUUUCAAUGUUAGUGUUGGUUUUUACUGGGACGAAUUGCACCCAGACACCCCAUUUGAAAUAAUUCCUUCUUCAGGCUUGAUACCAAAACAUACGUGCAAGAUUUGUGAUGUUAUGUAUGUGUGUAAAGCAACCAAAACCAAAACACAUGAGGUUGAUCUGAUAACUGAAAGUAAAGUCCAAAAGGUCGUUCCUCUAGAAUUGAGUGUUAUAACCCGGAAGCUUUCAAUCAAGUUUUUACAACCAGCAGUUAUAUUCAAAGAUAUCGCCUUGAAUAUAGAAACUAUAGAAAGAGUGAAAUUAGAGAAUUCUUCACGAGAAAUCGCACUGUUUCAUGUCGUGGAGCCACUUAUUCCUGGUUUUCGGAUUGAACCAAUGUGUGGGACGAUAAGACCGAAAAUGGUGAUAACAUUCGAAAUCAUCGUAAAAAUUUCAUGCAUAUUGGAAUUUUCCUUUGAUAUUUACGUAAAAAUCAAUAAUAAAGAAAAUGUGAUUCUACCUGUAAGUGGGAAUGUUGUGGAACCGAAGCUCAUAAUACACCCAAAGUAUAUUUAUAUGUCACGCGUCCCAUGCAAUAUGAUAACUUAUAUUCCAGUGACAUUCCAGAAUAUCAGCACUCUGAAAACAUUCGUGGAAGUAUUAGAUACAGGAGAUGACAACAUAUUCAAUGUUUACAUAGCCGUAGGAAACGAGAAACAAAGAGUGUUUGAAUUUGAUGUUGAAGGCGGCCAAUCAAAAACCGUUUUCAUAAAAGUGUUUGAUAUUUUUCGUAGAGAAUACGAAAUGUACAUUCCAUUUAAAAUCAAUGGACUAUUAGGACCUCCAGACUUGAACACUUGGUCAACUGAACUUCAGCACUAUAUUGGAGAAUAUGAACAAUGCUACGAAAAUAAUCCCAAGGUAAAAAUUAAAACUAUCAAUAAGGAUAUUACAUUUUGUCGAAUGGCUGGCGUGAUAACCGUACCUUGGAUUCAAUUUUCUCUUGAAAAAUUUGAAAUUGAUUAUAUUCCUCACUCUACCAACACAAAAGAAUUCACUAUGACAAACAUAUCCAAGUAUUACUUGUACGUUACAAUAUUAACCUCAAAACUUGCGCCAAGUUUUACUCUAGAUUUACGAACAGAAGAAAACCAAUCUAUCAUAAAUGAAACCAAUAUCAAAUUCGAACUGGAUCGCCAAAAGGAAGCUAGUUUUUCCUUAAAGUUUCAUCCAAAAGGUCACGGAAAAUUUGUGGCUACUGCUCUUUUAUAUUUGGACAAACAUAUGACAAUACCUUACUACAACCUUACAUUUGUUGGAAAACGACAAACGCCUGCUUUAACUCCCAGUACUUACAGAAUAGUUUUUCCACCCUAUCACGUAGGGGAGAAAAUAACUCGAACAAUCACAUUGAAAUUGGAAGAUAAAUCGGAUAAGGACUCAUUCUCCUGUAUUUCAAGAGAAGAAACAAACUUGAAUGUGCAGUUCCUGGACUAUGAAGUACAACUAGAAGGAGAACAAGUUUACACCAUGAUAACAGUGGAAAUAGAAGUUUGCUGUCAGAUAACUUACGCCAGAAAUUUAACUCUGACAUUUAAUCAUGAUUGUGGCUCUGGUUGCGAUGUGGAAGUAUCAUUCUGCUUUACGUAUUGUCCUCUAACUUUGCAUACAACAUAUUUUGUGAAGCCAACAGAUAACCCUUACCCAUACUUCCCUCUUAGUACACAAACUGAAUUGUAUGAAUAUUUAGAAGAAUGCGCAAAGUUUUUGGAAAAGUGGAUGUUUCAGCAAGGGUUUCGUAGAGAUCUCUAUCCAGUUAUACCAGACACUUUCCAUGCAAUAUCUUCAGCAUUAUCUUCGCAACCGGGAGGUACUAAAUCAAAAGGCAUCAAUGUUUCUUAUCUGAAUUUUGUGAGAAGAAUCGCAGGUCCCUUGAUGAAGCAUAUUCGAAAAAUAUCAGUGCAUGGUAUUGACGAGUCAUUUAAAUGUAUUAAAGAAAUUCAUGACACCUACAGAGAAAUCCUUAAUUUGUUGAAAUCACGUGGAGCAGAUUUGUGGGUACUACAAGCAAAAUUCUUGUUGAGCUAUGAUCAAUUUGUCAUUUAUGCUGAGAAUGUGACCCCUAAAUGUAAUGCUGACAUCAUAUUGAAUAAGGAACUCCUGGCUGAUGUGAAUUUAUUUAACAGACUCAACAAACAAAGCUGGAUUGAUUUUAUUCUCCAAAGUUAUAAGGUGUUCAUAAUGGACAGCUGCUUCUUUGACUGCGUCUGUGUGAGUUCUCAACCCAGAGAUAUCAUUAAAGUACUGAUCGAUUGGUACAAUGAACAAAUAGCAAUACAGCAUAAUAAGUUACGGGGAAAAGAUAAACCUGUUAAAGUAAUCACUAACAUCACAACGGACUUAUCAGAUGGCAUUGCUAUAGCAUCAUCAAUAUUAAACUAUUGUUCUUUUAUGAGUGAUCAUUUUUUUAUAUUUUGUGAGAUUGAUGAAGAUGACCCAAAGGGUGGUAUCAUUAACAAUGCCUGCCUUAUUAUUGAAGCUAUGAAUUUAUUAAGACUCUAUUUUCCCUUACACAGUAAAGACUUUCUGGAGCCAAACUUUAUUCAGAUGUUAUUUCUGUCUAUUCAUCUGUACGUGGUGCUCCCAAUGUUUAAGCCAAAAGAUAUUAUUAAAUUCAAUCCACCAUUGUUACGAAGUUCUACGCGACAAGUAGCAAUAGCACCUUCAAGUCAAGAAUCGCUGAUAUUUACUUACAUGAUUCUAAACAAUACAAGAAACAAUUUCAUAGUUGAAAAGGCUCCUUCAGGUGAUAAUGGAAAGAAAAUGUUUUUGAGCGUAAAGUUUAUCGCAAACUUUACAGACGAAGAAACAUGCAUACUUCUCGUUCACGGAUAUAAUAAAACGAGAAUAUUUGAUACAUAUAUGAUUUUUUUACUUCAUGGUCACAUUGGAUCACUAAACCCAGUCAGAAAGUGUAAAGUGACCGGUCCCUUGUACCGUCCAAAUAAAGUGGAUGUUUUGGUAUCAUCACCGUUCCAAAUGACGGCCUCCUAUCGUGUUUAUUUAACUGACAACGAACCUGUAAUACCUGUGAAAUUCGAAGAGGAACAUAAGCCUAAAUUUUAUUUGAGGCGACUCAACCAAAUAGAUAAAGAAAUCAAUUUGAGUGGCUUACCGAAAGAGAGUGGACAAGAGGUAAUGGAGCAUAAGCUUUAUUUGCAGUUAAUUUGUCUGAGUACUCAGAUUGGGAACACCUGGAUUUGGUUCAGGGGUGAGAUUGGAGAGUUCUUCAUCAAAGUGACGACUCAACCGCGAUGGGAUCUGGCUAUAGACACGUUGCAAGCGCGGGUGCGCACUUGGCCUAUGGACCCUUGCAGCUGCGGGGAAGCGUGUGAAUGCUACAGAACGACUGUUCUUGUGAUACCACAUAAAAACGAUCUCAUGCUGAAAUCAUUACGUUACGCUUUACUGGAACACGCAUCGGAAGUCAUGAUGCAAGUUUACGAUCGACUCAUAGAAACUGCAACUGGCAAGAUAAUCCUGGGCAUGCUGCUAGCUGAAGGCGGCACCAACAUGUCAGAUGUCCAGCACAUCCUACGUACUGAGACCACGUACCGCAUCACGUCGCGUGCGCUGCUCCCGCGCCUCGAUCGCGUCAGGCUUGCGCAGCACACGGGGGCAAUGCUAGCUUUGCCCGUCACGGUACCAACCCAAGACAAGUCGGAGAAGUACUCGGUCACAUUCACCUCGGAAUGCGGCAUGGAUAUCCGGACCUAUAGGAUCUUGUUCAUAGAGACCAGCGAUGGUUGAAGUGAAAUUCGAGUAAAGUUUACAAACUUCCAGAAUUCAUAAAUGUGUCGUGUUUAAAAUCUACUUACUUAGUAGGUAUUUCGUAUUUACCUAUUUUAAGUUUUAUAAGUAAUGUACA